AUGCCUGUGCGGAUUGCCCAUGGCUGGGCCAUCGCUUGGUUGGACUUCUAUCAGACCCCGGCCAUCGUAACGGAAGGCGCCUUCUCAGAGGUGAAGGGCUUUUUCAAGGAGCUGACUCGACCCAAGGAGAUCGAUUCUCUUAUGAGGUGUGAUGGAACAUGGAUAUUUACAUAUAUUUACUACGAGCAGACAGCUUGUAGCGCAAUUGUGUGA